AUGGAGAAUAUGAAUACAUCUUUGGAUGAUAUUGAAAUUGAUCAAUUACAUGGCAAAGUUGCAGAAGAUAUAAAUGAAAACCAUGUUCAACCUAACUCAAUCCCUCCAUCAGUUGGAAUGGUUUUUGAAAGUGUUAAUCAAGCCAAGUCAUUUUAUAGACAAUAUGCAAUAUCAAAGGGCUUUGGAAUUCGAACAAGGAGUUCAAGGAAGAACAACAAAAACGAAUUAUGUUACUUCAUGAUGGUGUGUUCUAGGGCUGAAAAAUUUGUCGCAUCCAAUCAAAAUGAAAUGAUUGGACGUCCAACACAGGCUAAUGAUUGUGCAGCUCGAAUGAUUGUAUCAAAAAGAGAUGAGAAGUGGUACAUUUCAGCAUUUGAUGAUGUACAUACUCAUGAUCUUAGUCCAACAAAGUCAAGAUUGUUCCGAGGCAAUAAAAGGAUGAAUCUGAAUGUGAAGAGAACACUAGACUUAAAUGCAGAAGCAGGAGUUAGGAUUAACAAGAGUUUUCGAUCCUUGGUUUGUGCUACAGGAGGUUAUGAAAACAUGGAGUUUGUGGAACAAGAUGUUAGAAAUUAUGUCGCCAAACAGAGAAGAGCAUUAUCAAAAGAUGGUGAUGCCAAGGCACUCUUAAACCAUUUCUCUUCCAUGAGAGAAUUGAAUAAGGAUUUCUUUUUCAACAUUGAUGUUGAUGACAACAACCACAUAUUGAAUGUAUUUUGGGCUGAUGCACGAAGUAGGGCAGCUUGUGAGUACUUUGGUGAUGUCAUAUCUUUUGACACAACAUACUUAACAAAUAAGUAUGACAUGUCGUUUGCUCCUUUCGUUGGCGUCAACCACCAUGGUCAAUCAAUAUUGUUAGGUUGUGGAUUGUUAUGUUCAGAGGACACAGAUUCAUUUGUUUGGCUAUUUAAUUCAUGGCUUCGGUGCAUGUCCAAUAGAGCGCCCCAAGGAAUUGUUACCGAUCAAUGCAAAGCAAUGAAGAAAGUAAUAGAAAUCGUGUUUCCAAACACUCGUCAUAGGUGGUGUUUGUGGCAUAUAAUGAAAAAAACACCUGAGAAGUUACAAGGCUAUGCCGCUUACAAAGAUAUCAAGCGACAACUUAAGCAAGUUGUGUACAAUUCUGAUUCAGUUGAUGACUUUGUUUAUGGUUGGGAAAGGAUGGUAACAAUAUUUUCACUACAAACAAACGAAUGGCUCUGUUCACUUUACGAAGAGCGAAGCAGGUGGGUUCCUUGUUACCUGAGAAACAAUUUUUGGGCUGGCAUGUCAGCCACUCAAAGAAGCGAGAGUAUGAAUGCAUUUUUUGAUGAAUAUAUUAACUCACAAACUACUCUUCAAGAAUUUGUUAAACAAUAUGACAAUGCACUACAACACAAGACAGAAAAAGACACUCAAGCUGACUUCACAUCCUUAAACACAACUCUUCCAUGUGGGUCACAAUCACUCAUUGAGCGACAAUUCCAAAAGAAUUACACACAUGCUAAGUUUGCAGAAAUACAGUCAGAAUUUAGAGGUAAAAUUAAUUGUUUUGUUGACGGUGUUGUUGUAGAAGAUAAAUCAUCAUAUUACAAGGUGACAGAGGACUUCAUUCAUAAUGAGAUAAGGGAAGAGAGGGUAUUCAAGGUUACAUUUGAACGAGAUACAAAGAAUGUGAGUUGCAGUUGUUUGCUUUUUGAGUUUAGGGGUAUUAUUUGUAGACAUUGUGUAUGUGUCCUGGCAAAAGAGCGAGUAACACAGCUUCCUGCUAAGUACGUACUCACAAGAUGGUGUAAAAAUGUCCGCAGAAAACACACGUAUAUUAGAGCAACAUACAACAACAAAGAAAAGGAUCCACAUAUUGAACGGUAUGAUAACUUAUGCAAGACUUUUGCUGAUAUUGCUGAGAUUGCGUGUGAGUCAACAAACAUGACAAAAUUAUUGGUAGACCACCUUAGAUCAUUUGUGGACCAUCAUGGCCUACAAAUUUCACCUUCACCUUCACCGUACGUCAACAACACCACUCACAAAGAACAACAACACCUGCAUCAUACUAACAUAGCUCAUGAUGUAGACACAAAUGCAAACAAUGUUGACAUCGAAAGCCCUCAAGUUGUGAAGCGAAAGGGUCGACCUAGGACAAAAAGGUUGAAAUCCACAUCUUAA